AUACCCACUCCACUGCUCGCUAAUUACGGUGAAUGCUCAAGAAAUGAGUCGUAUCGUCGCAAGCUUGAGAAGGCUUUUUCCAACAGGAGCGAAGAAACAGGGUUUGGUGGGACGAGAUCUUGACGGUAAUUACAUGUCUUACUUCAUCAUGUUUGCUCCCUUGAGAACGUGGAGCAAGGAGCUACUGGUGAGGCUUUUAGUGCUGAUUGAUCGAGGAAAUAGCUUCUACGAACUCCCCUCGGCCAACGGCGGACGAACAAAACGUGUGGUCGAAUAUCGGAUAGAAAGAGACCUUUCGGAAUACACCACUACCGCUCAGAGCCUACCAGUACAAUGGCGAUCGUGGCUAUCGCACACUCGCACCGAUCCGCCGUCCAUCGAUGAGUUACUGCGAGAUUCUGAACGUAUGUCUCGACUGAAACCGAUGGUUGCUGCCAUCGAACAGCGUGAAACGGCCGAGAGGAUCCGUCAAGGUUAUUUACCCGAUCCUUCGCAAAUCUCCUCUCCAACUAUAGCAGGACCAUCCUCAUUCUAUAUACAACAAUCUAAGUCACAGAUCGUCACUACUGAAAGACCGUUAGAAGCGAACGUCGGUCCAGAUCUUGACCGGAUGGAAACUGCCUACCCCAUCACCACCCCUUCUGUGAUACCUCCGCCCCGGCAAGCCGUCGAACCUAGCUCGGCGACUUCGACCGAGGAACUCAGGAGACUAGCACAGGAGGACACGAAGCGACGGAUAAAUGAGCAUGGAGGGGAUACGGGAUCCGAGAUAAAGCGAGAAGUAGUGCAGAGUGUCGAGGUCGGGCAGGGAAAUCUGACACCGAGGAGAAGAGGGAGGUGA